GCCUUCCUCAAAAGGAUGAUCAGAAACUCGAUGAUAUAGUACCGCAGCCCGCCUCGAGUAAAGAGGAAGAUUUGGAAAGUGGCCAUGGAAGGAAACCUCUCCAGGGAUAUAGCCAAGUAAACCAACCUACUGGGACCUUAAAAGCUUACUGUAAUUUUUGGAGGGGCGCAGCUCUAGUAUUGCCAGCCAUUGGAAAACUGUGGGACAUAAAGAAGAAGCAAAGCAAAGUGCUGGAGCUUCUCAAUAUUCUUGCCAAACAGGAUUUAUCAUGGAUUGGUGGAAACUUUGGAGGCGCCCCGGAUGAAAAAAUCCACCUUCCUGUGCAUGAAAAAGAUGAUGCAGAAGAAGCUGACAAAGAUGAUGAAGAAGACGCCGGCUCUUCUAGGUCUCACGCAGCUUCCGAAACUAGUUUUCGGUUCGAGACUCCGCUCAUUGCAGCAGCAAGAAAUGGGAUCAUGGAGAUAGUGGAGGCCAUACUGAAAGUGUAUCCGCAGGCGAUCGAGCAUGUAAACCAAAGAAAUGAGAACAUAUUCCAUGUCGCAGCGAGAUAUCGAAGAGCAGAAAUAUUAGAGCUCCUCCAAUCUUCGCACAUUCCAAUUUCGAGGCUGAGGAGGAAGAUCAACGCAGAUGGUGACAGUAUUUUGCACAAAGCGGCUUAUUUGGGAGAGUAUUCUUUGAGGGAUAGGCCUGGGGAAGCCCUUCGUAUGCAGUCUGAGAUUCAAUGGUUUAAG